AUGUCCAGCCCGGCUUCUUUCCUCCGCCUCGUCCCUAGCAAAACCCCGUGUUCUCGGAAACUGUUCAACCUCCACAUCCCUUGCUAUGUGAAGCCAAACGCCUCUGCUCGUCGCGCAGGUAUUACAAAUGUUGGCAUUGAUAGAGUCGAUAUUGCCGUGGCUGCUGUUCCACGCGACGGGGCAUCUAAUAUGGCAGUGUCGCGUGUCUUCGCAGAGAUAUUUAACGUUCCAAAGUCGAAUGUCGGAAUUAUUCGUGGCGCGAAAUCAAGAGAGAAAACGUUGUGUGUUGCCGAUUUGGAGAUCGGAGACGACGGCGAAGAAGCCUACUUGCAGCGUGCGACACAAAUAUUAAAGGACGCUGUCAAUACGCGAGACUCCUAG